AUGAUCUACUGCCGACUCCUUCUCGCUGGCAUUGGAACCAUUCUUCUCAUCGUGGGUGUCUCUCUGCAAUUCGCUGCUGCUGGAAAUCUCUACGGAAUCCCGUUGUCGAAUAUGUGUGAAGCUUACUCGGGGUCGAAGGAACUUUCUGAUGCGCAGGCCUUCACCCAACUCAUCAAUACGGUACGCUGCGCAACGGAAAUCAUCGCUUGCUGUGAAGCCCACAGCCCCAACAUCCCCGGAACCACAUGGUACCUUUCAGGGAUAUGCGCGAAGCCAUGGCUGACAGGGCUGUCACAGUACAACGAAUCCAUGCCUCCGGCAGAUAAGAUAGAGCUCUUCACUGCAGUCCUCGGCGACUUCAUUGGGGUUGCCGGUCCUGGGGAUUACCUGAUGGCCAACGCAGAGUUCUGGUGCAAGAAUUGUCCCAACGAUUACCGAAAGAAUUGUCCGUUCGAUCCUCCUCCUGCCAACCCCAACGAGCCUGGAUUUCAAAACAACAACCUUUGCGAUUGCCCAGGAGGCUCUCUUUCCCAACCCGGACAGGCUUUCUGGUCUAUGGUUCAAGACUAUGACUUGUCAUCGACCUACAUCUUAUGCUCGGACAAAGCCCGAGUCUACCGAUCUUGGAUCACUGCGUUGUUCCCCUCCUGGCCGAAGGAUAACUUGGAUCAUGCUGAGCAACAAUUCCUUGCAAAGUGCUGGCAGGUAGAAUUGAGGGAGGAAGGGAGGGAGGAGGAACAAAAAGAUAACGAUGUGGAGAUGGAGGAGUGGGAUAUGAUAACAUUCGCAGUUCUUUCUAUCUUUGCCUGCAUCUUUUCUGUCGUUUCCAUUUUCAAGUACUUUGCCAACUCACCGAUGUCGACUCUCGGCUUCAACUUUGCCAUGCUCGCCGUUUCCUUGACUCUGGUCUCUUUCUGGCCUCUUUCCUUCACUGGUGCUGCAGCUCUCGUCUCUCGCUACUACUUCUGCUACGGACUCUCCGAUCCCGUCGUCCUCAACGCCACCUCCAGCGCGCGAUCGAGAGCCGCGCCAACCUUCUUCAACGGAAACCCGUGCUUUGAUCUGAACUCUGAGGGACAGCACAAGCCGAACCCAUUCAUCGGCCAGCUCGGCAUCUACAACGCGGGCUACGUCAGCGGAGGGGUCCUAGUAGUGAUCGCUUUGAUCUGCAUGCUUGCAGUCGUGUCCAAGAACGCGGAGGUUGUACUAGAGGAGAAGCUUUCGACGGAGCAGAACGGGGAGCAAGCAGCAGAACCAAAGAGCUGA